GCAGUCAGAGCAUUCAAGCGCUGGCAUUAGGCGGUAGGCUUCAGUGAAGCCAGGAACUUGGACAAUACAAAAAAUAAAUAAAAAUGUAAAAAUGGGGUGGGCAAAGCUCGAGAAAUUACGUAAUUCGAUUUCACCUUGGGCCCAGACGGUGAAGUUCUGCAGAGUGGCCAGCAGGGGGCGCUCAGGCAGUGUGUCAGAACCCCAGCGCGCAGGUUGCCUGGAGCCCAACCAAGGGACAAACAAAACAAUGCAGCUUUGCGGUUUCUGUUCGGUUCUCAGUUCGGGGAGGCUUAAUCCAGGACCGCCUGAUCUCUAUCUUGGGCUCCUAGUCCUGUGUGUCCCUGAGAGGAAGAGACUGACAUCAGAUCUGGUAGGACAUGAUACUCUUCAAUCUUGUCACCAUAACUUUCUCCUGGAGCCAUGGAAGAGUUACCUGGUCACCGUAGAGUUCUUGAGGAUCCUUCUACACCUGCAUUGCUCAGAGUCCGGAUUUAGUCAUCACUUCAGGCAAGACUCGAUCCUCCGCUGCUGGGGCCACCACAACAAGGCAGUGGGACGCAUCUCCCCAUGCAAGAUAAUCGCUAGCCCCUCCCAAAGGAGAAUGGGAUACCAGAUGAGCCCCCAGAUUUGUUGGAAACAAGUGCUCGGUGUAGCCAAAAGAAACUUGCACUUAGACAGAAAAUUUCUCAGCCAGGCACUUUUACUUCUGCAGAAGGGUGCUGUUUGCACCCGUUACAAUCACAAGAGCCCACUGAACAAAGGAGGGAAGGGGUUUUUAACCCUAAUACAGUUCCUGUUUCUGUGUCCUUCCCCUAUUGACUGGGGUUGGACUGCACAAUCUAAGCUGACCUAAUUGGCUGAGACUUAAACCUUUCCAAAUAGGGUAAACGUGCAGUUUGCAAGAAGUGGGUAGGAUUUAUUCACAGGUGGCAGGAAGUUAAGUCUUUGAAGAGGAAUUUAGUUGUCCUAACAUUCCCAAGUUGCCAGGGAAAGAUUCAGUAGGUUUUAAUUAAAAUCGCAAGAGAACCAGAUUCCAAUGAGUAUUCAGCACACAGCAGUGUUACACUGUGGACUUUGCUGCACAAGAGGAUUCACUCAAUAGGCUCUCUAGGGUCAUUCGGAGAGAUUGAAUAUCCCAGUACUUACUGAGAAGGAAACUUGAGAAAUGCUGUGUUGCUUUCUAGAAUCACUGAUUUGCAGGCAAAUCUUACCCUGAGUAUGGUAAAGAGGCACUAGAAGGGACUGGGAAGACCUAGCUGCCUAUAAGCCUUUAUUCCUCUCUUAGGUGCAUGUAUGCCAUUUUCAGGAAAAGAGAACAGUGUUCACCUAUUCUCCAAUCUAGUAAGGCUGGCAGUCCCAGAUACUGAGUCAAUGACCAAGACUGAACUCUCUCCCUCAUUUCAGAUUGCCAGUGCAUAAUUUGACCCUGGGAAAGAGAGUUCCAUAUGGAUAUAAUACCCCUACUGAAGUUUACAAACAGCCUGCAACUUCCAAUAUCCGGUCUUGCCUUUGAUAUUGUAACUUUUUGCAUUGUUAACAUAAAUCUACUUCAUCUAGGAAGAGCAUUAACUCCUGGAGAACCAUCGCAGUCAAAGCCAACAGAUCUUCUUUCAAUGUUACCAUCCAUAGCAGGGCUCUAGCAUUCCCUUGAGCCAGCUUUGGCCUUGUGAUUUUUAUGAAACCCUGUGACCAUGGUUUCAGCAGCACUAGCUAUGCUACCAACAAUCUGAGCUAUCUUGACAUUAACAUUCAUAGAAGCUCAGUAAAGUCUUUAGCUUUGGGAGAUGAGGAAGGCAUUCCAUGGAAGUGCCUGAUGUUUCUCUCUACUCAAGCAUAAGUAAGCCCACAUUCAGCCUCAUAGCCCUGGGGAUCAUUGAGGAAGCUCCCAGGGCUGCUGGAAAUGGAUCAGGAAUUCCCCAAGCCUUGGAGUUAGGCCUGCAAAUUAGCCCAUUGAAUGCCAAUUUGAGGUCUGGUAGUAAGGGACCAACAGUGGCUGGGGACCCCAGAGAGGCAAGUGGGUAGCAAGCAGGGCUUCAGAUGGCUUCCUCUCAGAGCCUCCUAAGCAGCUGGGCCACAGAACAGAAAUUCUCUGGAGGUUUUCACUGUUCUAGCUGCCACCUUCGUCAUUCAUUAGUUUUGGUAAAGGAAAGACACAAAGAAGAUGAUUCAGCAAGAGAGAAGUAGCAAGGCAGGAGAAAUAAUGGCAGAAAAACUUGGAGAAUGAACAAUUUAAGAGAAUACAGGCAAGAACAGGAAGUAGGAUUGAAAAAGUGCAGUUACUGAAACUGUAGCCCAUCUGUAGCUGUCAGUGUCUGACACCCAUGAUUUGCACUUAGCUUUUGACCAAACCUCUUAACAGUUUUUUGCGUUAACAGGAGAUGUCCUUAUUUGCGUUUUGUAGAUGGAGAUAUGAAGGGUAGGGACUGAAGUAUCUUUGCCCAAGAAGACAGUGAAGUAGUCAGAUUUUCCCAGCCCCUCAUUUAUCCUCUGGCCUUUGAGACUAAAGUGCCUUAUUGUUUAAGCCUUAACCAGUGUAUUUGCUUUGAAACCUCUUCCUCACUGGGUUCCAAGACACAAUUUGCUGUUGCUAUUCUGCACACUGCUUAAGGAGAGAUGAUUGUACCAUCGUUUUUCCAGAAUUGUAGUGAAGCAUCAGAAUGAUGAAAAUCAAUUAUACAUGUAAGAGAUGAAAGCAACUUUGGAGAUCACUGAGCUCAUCUCCUCAUUUUCUAGAUUAGAAACCUGAAUAUAAUCCAGAGAGGUGAAGAGGUUUAUCCAAAAUCACAUGGCUGUGCAGGGAAAGCUGAAACUGCAACAUAGAUAUCUUGAUUCCUAGGCCGUUAUCUACCCAACAGUCUUACCAGACAAAGAUUUGUUUCUUUUGAGUAUAUCCAGUCCAAACUAGUUAGCAUUCCCAGAACAUUCCAAGUGGGUGACCAAUAGCAAACAACUCAGUGUGAUCUAAAGCACUGAUUUCUGGUGUUUUCUUCAAGGACGUUUUUGGUUUUCAAUCUGUUAACCAUAAGGAAUAUUGAAUUUAGCAAAGUACAUUGACGUUUUCUAUGCAACAUGUUAAGAACAGCUGAAACCAAUUAAAUGCUAAUCAAUUUUACUCUGUCUGAUGCAGAGUGGAAAAAAAUGUUCCAAAGGUCUCUCCACCCUGAGAUGUUCUUGGCAACAGGUCUCUGUGCUGUGGGCCCCCUCCCAUCUCUCUUAGUCAUGUACCCUCAAGAAGAGGAGACCUGGCCAACUCCCUUCAGAUCUAAGAUGAGAGCAGAACGAAGUCCAGCAUUUUCCCUUGAAAUAAAAGUUUAUCCUUCCAAAAGCACAGGCAACCAAAAUGAAAAUAGACAAAUGGGAAUGCACCAAACUAAAAAGCUUCUACACAGCAAAGCCAGCAAUUAAGUGAAGAGACAACCCAUGGAAUGGGAGAAAAUAUUUGCAAACCAUACGCCUGAUAAGGGGCUAAUAUCCAAAAUAUAUAAGAAACCCAAUUGCAAGAAAACAAAUAACUUGAUUUUAAAAUGGGCAAAAGAUCUGAACAGACAAUUCUCAAAGAAAGAUACAAGUGGCCAACAGAUAUAUGAAAAAAAUGUUCAGACAUAUCCAAUUAUCAGGGAGAUGCAAAUUAAAACCACAAUGAGAUAUAGCCUUACAUCUGUUAAAAUGACUAUUAUCAAAGAACUGAAUGAUUACAAGGGUUGGUAAGGAUGUGAAGAAAAGGGAACCCUUGUAUACUGUUGUUGGGAAUGGAAAUUAGUACAGCCAUUUUGGAAAAUAGUGUGGAGGUGCCUCAAAAAAACUAAAAAUAAGGCUGGGAGCAGUGGCUCAUGCCUGUAAUUCCAGCACUUUGGGAGGCUGAGGCGGGCAGAUCACCUGAGGCCAGGAGUUUGAGACCAGCCUGGCCAACACGGUGAAAUUCAGUCUCUACUAAAAAUACAAAAAUCAGCCAGGCGUGGUGUCAGGCACCUGUAAUCCCAGCUACUCAAGAGGCUGAGGCAGGAGAAUCUCUUGAACCCAGGAGGCAGAGAUUGCAGUGAGCUGGGAUCGCACCAUUGCAUUCCAUCCUGGGCGACAACAGUGAAAUUCCGUCUCAAAACAAAACAAAACAAAAAAACAAACAAACAACAACAACAAAAAACACCUAAAAAUAGAAUGACAGUACGAUCCAGCCAUCCUGUUUCCAAAGAAAUUGAAAUUUGAAAUUAGUAUGUCUAAGAGAUACCUGCACUACCAUAUUCAUUUCAACAUUAUUCACAAUAGCCAAGAUAUGGAUUCAAACUAAGUAUCUAUCAAAGGAUGAAUGGAUACAGAAAUGGUGGCAUAUGUAUACAAUGGAAUACUAUACAACCUUCAAAAAGAAGGAAAUUCUUUUCUUAACAUAGCUGGAACUGGAGGAAUUUAUGUUAGGUGAAAUGAGCCAGGCACAGAAAGACAAAAUACUGUGAUUUCACUUACAUGUAAAAUCAAAAAAAGUCAAUCUCAUAGAAACAAAGAGUAGAAGGUGGUUAUCAGAGGCUGGGGCAGGAGAAGGGAUAAGGAAAGGGACAAUGUUAAUCACCAAAAAGUACCAAGUUUUCGUUAGACUGGAGGGAUAAGAUUUAAUGACAUAUUGCACUGUAUGAUAGGUGACCACAGUUAAUAAUAAUGUAUCAUAUAUUUCAAAAUUGCUAAAAGAAUAGAUUUUUAACUAUUGUUUCAUUGUCUCUUCACUAUUAAUCUCCCAACAAAAAAUUAUAAAUUGGUGAGGUAGAUAUAUUAAUUAGCUUGAUUAAUCUUUCUCAAAUGCGUAUAAAACAUAGAUCAAAAUAUCACGUGGUGCCCUAUAACUAACUAUUUGGUUAUUAAAAGUAUUUUUUG